AUGUGGAUUUUCCUCUUCGCGACUCGAUCUGCUUCUGGCGAGUACCGACCGCCGUCGUUAAACUGGGACUUCUCCCGCACCUCUUCCGCCGAUUCCGCCCUCUGCGGCUCCUGGCCCGCCGACUACGCCGCGCGCCACAGCGCCAUCCGCCAGGCCAGCGCAGUCGCGCACGCAGCGCACGUGGAGGUCAUCAAGCGGAGCAGGAGGAGCGGAGUUUUCGCGUGGUUCAGCCCCGCACCCCCCCCGCGCCCGUACGACCCCGCCGUUCGCUUCCUAACGUUCGAAUGGCUGGACGGGUGCGGCGGGUACGGCGACGCGCUCAACGGGCUGAUGCUCGCGUUCGUGACGGCUGUGCUCGACGGUCGCGCGCUCAUCGUCAACCACGACUGCUUGCCGGCCGCGUUCCUGCCGGCUAUGAUCGACUGGCGGCUGUCGGACGACGUGCCGUUAGAGCCCGCGACCGUCGUCACGCCGCCCGGCUACAACUGGGACGGCGUUGUGACCGACGCGCGCCCCGACGCGCCGGCGAAGGCGGGGGAGGUGGUGCGACUGGACAUGCGGAACUCGCGCGUGGAGCUAGAGACGUUCUUCAAGGCGCUCGAGAACGCCACCAACAUCCGGCUGGCGGCGAACCUGGGCGCGCUGACGCACCUGGCGACCAAGGCCAAGGGCGAGUGGGCGGAGCGGUUCAAAGGCUGGGCAUCCGCCUGCCGUACGCCAUGGGGUGCUUCUUCCGGUUCCUCCUGCGGUGAGCCGCCGCGUGACGAGGUGAGGGAGCUGUUCCACAGCACCAUGCAGAAGCUCCGAGGCAACAGCACCGCCACCGCUAUGGAGCAGCAGCGUGUGGCGACGGUGGGCAUUCACAUCCGCGUGCAGGACGAGGUGGUGUGGGCGGGCGACCGAGGCAAGCCCAAGGACCUGGAGCAGAAACAGAUUGACGCGCUGCUGGGGGACGCCAAGCAGUGGCUCGACUGCGCUCAGGUGUGGGGGCGAGGAGGGUGA